AUGGCUUCCCGCUUCGUCCUCGCUUCUACCCCCAUCGCCCGCGGCGCUUUCGUCGUCGGUAGACAGACCGCCGCCUUCUCGACGACGAGAUUCAUGGGCUUGAAGGAGUCUGCGAACCAAACAGAGACCGACCACGAGAAGCACAAGCAAGACUCCCUGCACAAGCAGAAGCAGGGCAAGGGCCACUGGAAGCCCGAGCUCGCGUCCGACAGCGAGGAGGCCGUCAAGGCGGACCGCGCCACCGAGGGCGUCGACCCCAAGACGCUGGCGGAGCGCACCAAGAAGGCUGCCGAGGAGACGAGCAAGGCCGGUACGAGCAUGCGCGACGGGUUGUAA